AAUCCUUCAGAGCGCGUGAGUAAAGCCGAGGGAGACGUUGCAAAAAAAAAGUGCUUGGAUGGAAACGCUGAAGAAAAUAUACGUUGCAAAGUUGAAAAAUGAUAGUGAAGGUGAAGAUUCAGAGAAUUUGACAAGUAGUACGAGUCUGGGAGCAUGCCGAUCCAGGCCCCCCAGUGGACGGAGUUCCUGUCGUGCCCCAUCUGCUGCCAUGAGUUCGAUGGCGGCCAGCGCGGGCCCAUCAGCCUUGGGUGUGGACACACAGUGUGCCGUGCUUGCCUUGCCAAGCUCCAGCGCAAUCAGUGUCCAUAUGACCAGACUGUAAUGAGACUGGAGCUGGACCAGCUUCCGGUCAAUGUUGCACUGCUGUCACUGGUGGGGGCUGGGACGAACGUGGAGGAGGGAGACCUGCCCCCCCCUCCACCAGUGCCCCCGACUCACACCCGGAAAUACUUCAUAGCCGUGAAGUGCAUCAAAGAUCUUGCACUUUUUCUCAAACCCUUCUCUGGCACAGGAACAAAUGGCUCGACAUCGCUCCUCUCCCGGCCUAUGCAACGGAAGCUGGUCACCCUCAUCAACUGCCAAUUGGUGGAAGAUGAGGGCAGAGCCAGGGCGGUCCGGGCAGCACGAUCGCUCGGGGAACGCACCGUCACAGAACUCAUUUUACAACACCAGAACCACCAGCAGCUCUCUGCCAACCUCUGGGCUGCGGUCAGAGCAAGAGGGUGCCAGUUUCUGGGGCCUGCAAUGCAAGAAGAGGUGCUGAAAUUGGUAUUGUUGGCCUUGGAAGAUGGAUCUGCUCUGUCUAGGAAAGUUUUGGUCAUGUUCGUUGUCCAGCGCCUUGAACCACACUUCCCACAGGCUUCCAAAACAAGUAUAGGACACGUAGUACAGUUGCUUUACCGUGCCUCGUGUUUCAAGGUAUCAAAACGAGAGGGUGACUCCUCCCUCAUGCAGUUGAAAGAGGAGUUCCGGACAUACGAGGCGCUCAGAAGAGAACACGAUGCCCAGAUUGUCCAGAUUGCUACAGAAGCUGGAUUAAGAAUAGCACCUGACCAGUGGUCGUCCCUCUUGUAUGGGGACACUGCUCACAAAUCUCAUAUGCAAUCAAUCAUUGACAAACUGCAGACCCCUCAGUCAUUUGGUCAGUCAGUGCAGGAAUUAGUGAUAGCGCUUCAGAGAACAGGUGACCCUGGACAGCUGUCCUCCCUGCGGCCCCAGCUGGAAUUACUGGCAGCGCUGGACCCCUCCCCUGAUGCACCACCCCCAGGAUGGGAGCCCUGCGCUGCUGCAAUGGAGGCUGUCCGAGCUGUUGUCACAGGACUUGUCCACUUCAUACAGCACCAUGGCAAUAGGAAGUUACCAGAUGCACAUCAUCCGCACAAUGCUAAAUACAAGACAAGCAUGUGCCGGGAUCUGACACAAAGAGGGGGGUGUCCAAGAGGUAACAACUGCACUUUCGCUCAUUCAGAAGAUGAGCUUGAGAAGUACAGAAACAGGAGUCGGAAACAUGGCAAAGGCAUUCCUCAGCCACCCCCAACGCCUGCAACUAAGCUGCAGCCUCCUCCUACACAGACAUACCAACAGCUGUCACACCCCACACAACCACAACAACCUCAGCAGCCAAAUGUUGAUGCUGUCAUUGCCCCAAACAAUGGAGAGUGUGUUGCCGUUCCUGUCAUACAGAAGGCUCUUCCUGUUGAAGAAAUACCCCAAGCAGGUGCAGUACCACCAGCCCCAGCCUCAUUUGACCCAAAUAAGUUUGUUUCUAUCCAGCCUCACACUCAGGCAAUGUCAGUCCUGCCAGCUCCCACGCCAGCUCCAGCCAUUGUGCAACCUGCUUUGGCAGCAACACCACUCUAUGCAACUCCAGUUGCAGAAUAUACCUAUAGUUCUUUCCCUUGCCAGCCACCGGUAUUUGCACAACCUACUCCUGGGCCACAACCUCUUCAAUCAGCAGCAGCAGCAGCAGCGGCAGCAGCGGCAGCUGCUGCUGCAGCUGCUGUCUUCCCUGGUCAGCCUACAGCUAUUUUGCCAGAUAUGUAUGGCUCCAAUCCACCAGUGUUAGUCAAUACAACACCUGUAUAUAAUAUUCAUGGUCCAGGAAGUGAAUAUUGCAUUCCAGUUGCUAAUACCAGCUCCAAAGGAACAAAUUCCUCUCCCCUUUCAACCUGGUCUGAAAGUACAACUACUACAAGCAGUGCUUCAUCUAUGUCUGUUGUUUCAAAGAUAGCCAACAAAUCUAUAGAAGAACUGAAGGAAAGGAAGGAAGCUAUACUGAAUCAACUCGAGAACAUUGUUGGGAAGGAGGCGACCAAUCGUGUUGCCACAGAAAUUGCAAAUGGUGAGGAGCCAAUCAAGUCCCAGGAGUUCACAUCCACAUACAGCAUAUGGACCUCUGGUGCUAACUUUUACAAUGUGCCCAAAAUGGUAGAGAAGAACUACGACCCGUCGACUGGCUACCGCACUGACAUAUCUAAGAAAGACGAGGUUAACCCCAAGAGGAAAGACGACUUUAUCCCAUUCGACCCCCCGAUAGUCAGUCGCUUUGGGCCCAUCUCAAGAAUGUCAAGAUCUGUGAUCCGGCCUUCCAACCCCAUUCAGGUAUCUGCAAGUAAUACCACUGAACCUGCCACCACACCCACUGUAAGAAGACCAGUCCCUGCAAUUUCACCCAUGCCACAGGUUCUCUAUCAGCCUGGAGGCUAUACUCUAGGGUUCAUGGCAUACACUCCCACACCCCUCGACCACAUGAACACAGUGGGCCAUGGAAUCCUCGAUCCCCCACACUUGCACAUGUCCCAGCUGGAGCCUUCAGGGAUGAGACCAAGCGACCCUGUGCCCAACACCUACGAUGGAUUGAAUCCUGCGGAUCAGGAGGAUUGCUUCAGGCAGCAGCUCAAUUCUGUCACUGAAGGGAUUGAAACCAUCAUGGUGAAUGCGCAUUCGGUGGCCGAGUGUGAAGAAAUGAGACUCAAGAAAGAGUUGAGUCUGGUCAUGAAUGGAAUUGAGGUGAAACGCAAAGAGAUGGAGGAGAGAGUACCUGCACAGGUAAGACUUGUGACACAAAAUGUUGAUAAUAAAGAUGCUGCAGAAUUUAAUAGGAUAUUAAUUUGUUUUGUAUCAGGCUUGAGAUGUUGUUUAUUAUUGAAAAUAGUUCCUGUCACUGAUUAUCACAUUGAUAUCUUGAGGAUAAUUAGCACACAAAAGUUGUAUGAAGUAGUAUUAACAUGA